GAGAGAGAGAGAGAGAGAGAGAGAGAGAGAGAGAGAGAGAGAGAGAGCGGGAGAGCGAGACCGAGGGAGUAAGAGAGAGAGGUUUGACUUGGCAUCACCCAGAAGAGCAAAAAGAGAUCAAGGACAACCACACAAACUAUCCUCCAGGACAGCAUCCAUCGCUGCAUCUACCCAUCCCUCCUCUCAGCCUCCCUCCGUCCGCACCAGCCGACCGCGGCCCCUCCCCAGGAACAUGAGCUCCAGCGUGGACUCGGGUCUGGACAAAGCCCCCGGUGCCGAGGCCAUCACGCUGUCGUUCACAGAGGACAGCGCUCUGACCGAGGUAGGGACCACACGCUGACGCGUGGCGGCCCUGCAGCGCACGGGCCAGAAGCGGCAGGACGGCGAGCGGCUGCUGCUGCCCCACGAGGCCGCCUACCGCCUGGACUUCCGCGUCCAGGAGCUGGCCUUCACGCGCUGGCACGUGGCGCUCACCGGCCACGGGCGCGUCACCGUCACGGGCAUCUCCCAGCUCUGGACCCCCGACCUCACGCACCUCAUGACCCGCCAGCUGCUGGAGCCCGUGGGCACCUUCUGGCGCAACCCCGGCGACCCGCUGGACCUGCCGCUCAAGUGCCUGGAGGCCGACAUGCAGGGUUUCGGCGAGCGCAUCGCCGAGAUGGCCAAGGUGCGCAAGGUCAUGUACUUCCUGAUCGCCUACAAGGAGGGCGCCACGCCCGACAAGGUCAGCUGCUCGCUGGAGUUCACGCCCGAGUAGUGGGAACCGGUGGACCCCCAACCCCCCCCUGAUGGGACCGGUUUCCUGAGGUCAGCGGCCGUCAGCUGUCCGUCCGGGGGGUCCGGGGGGUCCGUUGAGACGCUUCGCCGUCACCCCCUUUUCAAAAGCACUUCUGAUUUUCAUCCUCUUCUGGACUUUGUUUCGACGUCUUUGCUCAUCGUCUUUGCUCGUCCGUAGAUCUCUGUUCUGCAUGCAUUAGAAACCAUUACAUCUCCUGCCCUGACGGGGGGGGCCGUGUGUAUGAAGGCGACGAGGGACGGCGCGUGCUUGCAGCGUUGUAGUUCGUUUGGCGGCCUGCUAACGUUAAGCGACAUAGAACAAGCUCCUGUUUGCCUCAUUUGUUUUUGAAAAGCAGAUGUUUAAACGGUUCAACGCAUGCAAAAACCGAAUUCAUUCUCGAAAUGUUGUACAUUUGAAUUGAAACUUUGAGAGAAAAAUUACAUUUUUAAUAGAAUUCGAAAAUGAGUUACCAUUGAAACACUUUAAAUAAUAAGGAAGUGAUAACAAAAUCUAAAGUACGUCAAUCUGUUA